AUGAUUUCUUUUCAUUAUUUUAUUGAUCUGCUUUUUCUAAUAUGUCUUACAAAAACUAUUCAUUUAUCUGUUCCAUUUAUAAUCAAUUCUAGAUGUGAUUUAAUAGAAUGUCAAAUAUCUGGUUAUCCAUCUAUAUUUUAUGGCAAUUGUUUUGUUGGCGAUAAUACAAUUCAUAUUUUAUAUUCAUCAUUCGAUGAAUUAACAAUUAAUACAAAAUCAUUAAAUUCAUUCUCAUUAAUUAUUCGACGUUUAAUAAAAUAUAAUGAUAAAGAUGAUACAGGUCAUUUAAAUAAAGAUGAUAAUUCAAUAAAAUCAUAUUGGUUAAAUGGAUUAAAAACGAAUAUUACUCGUCAAGAUAAUAAUACAAAUCAACCAUCAUUUCAAUUAUUAUUGGAUACCAUCAAUGAUCUAUUAAUUAUUGAUAUAAAUUAUCCAGGUGAAUCAAUGCGUGAUGUAAAAUUUCUAAAAUUACGAUCAACAUCGAAAAGUUAUUUUCUUAAUAUAACUUUGAAAGCAAAUAAUUAUACAUUACCAAAUAAACGAUUUGCAUUAGAAUUUUAUAUAAUAGAAUUAGGUAUUGAAGGCACACAAUUUUCAUCAUCAAGAUAUAUCGAUGAUCAAUACACACCAGGUAUUUUUAAUGUCUGGCAAAUAAAAUCACUUAAUCCAAUAUAUUCAACAUCUGUAUUAUGGAAACCUGUUAUGUAUAAAAGUGUUGAUCGAUCAGUAAAAAAAACAACUUUAAUGGAAAUAUAUGAUUUAAAAAAUAAUAUAUCACUUGAAAAAUCAAUUGAUCAAAGAAUUUUUAAUAGCUUUUAUGUUAAACCAUAUCUAUCACCUUUUAAUAUUUCACUUGAUCGAGCAAAAGAUGGUUUCUUUGCUAAAUUAAAUUAUACAUUUAUUCAAUUUAUAGCUGGUUUAGAUAUACUUGAAGUAGAUUCAAUAAAACAAUUUGUUACAAUUCUAUUUAUUAUUAGUCUUCUUCUACCAGGAAGAAAACUUGAUAAUAUUGUAACAUCAAUAUUUCAAAUCAUUGAUGAAUUAGUAUUUUGUCAACUAUCACUAUUAGUUUUUGAUCAUUUUGAUAAUCUAUUUCCUAAUGAAACAACAACUACAGAUGUAAAUAUCAUUUUAGCUACUCAAAAAUUAUCUCUUUCUGUACGUGAAUUAUCUAAUCGUAUACAAAAAAUUCAUAUACAAUUUGCCAUUAUUCCUAUUGCUAAACAAAUAACAAAUAUUUAUCAACAAUUUACUGAACAAAAACCAAUAUUCUGUUCACAAAUAUUAACUAUUGAACCCAGGAGCGGCGGAAGAUCUCAAAAUUAG